UGAACUGGAUCGCUCGAGAACAUCAACGUCAUCUCGCAGGGCUGGCAGUCUUCAUGCGGUAGGACAAGCAUUUUGAAGACCACUUCGAGGAAAGUGAGGACGCGAAAGCGUAUGGCAGUUGUAAUUUCGACGAAGCACGCAAUCUUGAUCGAUAACCAGCUCGAACGUGGGAAUGGGGAUGUCACAAAAAGUAUAAAUAAGAGGCGUCGAUCCUAUAGACGAUGCUCUCUUUCUAUUCUUCACCAGCGGCAACAACGCAAUCGAUAUAACCAGCUUCUCUACAACCCUCUUCUCAACCUCAGCACCUUAGCUUCGACUCAUCUUCAACAUGAAGGCCUCACUUUUCACUCUCUUCGCUGUUGGCGGCUUCAUUGCCACUAGCAUCGCUAACCCCAUCAAUGACGAAACUAACGUUGAAAAGCGUCAGGAUAUUGACGCUAUCGAGACAAGUCUAGAGUCCCUUUACACUCAGAUCCAGGAGCAGACUGCGAAGAUCAACUCGACCCUGACCCCCGUGGCUGAUGGCGCCCCUGAGGCUGACGCUUCGGCUGCCGCCGAGUCCAUCGCUCCUCAGCUUGACGCUAUCGCAGAUCUUCUUGACAAAUCUUCCACCAUCGCUAAGCGCGCUAUUGUUGAGGCCCGGUUCUUCAAGGAGGACAUUUUCAAGACCGUUUCCCUCAUCCUAUUCGAGCUCCUCGGUACCGUGAAGUUUAUCCUCAUCAAGCUUGGUCUCGGUAAGAUAAUCCCGCUGCUACGUCUUCACGUGUGAAACUAACGGAUAACAUCAGGUCCCGUUUUGAUCCACCUUGUUCCUCUCAUUCUAGCUCUCGUCAAGCUCGUCAAGGCCCUCGACAAGGUGGUUGACGGCCUACUGAUUGCAGUCAAGUUCAUCGUUGAUGACCUUCUUAAGGCUGUCGGUCUUGGUCUCCUGGGUCUUCUCCCCUAAAUGACUUACGCAUGGCCUUUAGCAGAAACAUUCACUUGACCGAGAUAGAGAAGUGGGCCACUGUUUUCCAAUGGUUGCUGUCGCUGGCGUCGAUAUACACGUUUGGCGUCUUGGGUGAUUGUGGUCUUUUCGUCGAAAUUACAUUCUCUCAAGGGGCAAUUGGCACAGACAUAGACAAGAACUCCUCGGUAGACCUAGAGUUACUGAGCACAAGUGCUUACUUGAUGAGCCAUGAGUAAUAAAAAUGUUGUCUU